AGGUGUCAUGGCGGCUCGCAUUAUUGGCGUAUGGGCGGCGUGAACUUGUUUUGAAAAUACGUGCAUGUCUCGGCGUUGCGGUGUAUUUACAUUUUGGAUUCCAAGGGGAGAGAACUAGAAGCCUUUAACGAGAUGUUCAGCUAAAAAGAGACCAACAGACAUUUCUGUGAAUACAUAAUAAUAACAAAAUAAAAAAGAGCAGGUGCUGCGAUGUCCUCAACCUUCCCUCGAUUCAGCCGUCCGCCUUGCUGGAUGCAGGAUUUCCGCGGCCGCACGUACUACGCUGCUGCCUGACGGUUGACCGAAUAAGAGAUACGUGGUGGAUGCGUUAUCUGAGCCAAGUAAUUGAUCAGAAAAGCAAGCAGUUAUGUCCAGUCCAGGACAGACAGGGGAAAUCGUACAUGGGGCAGAGCAGAAGACAGAGGGGGACGGUGACCUUCCGCAAGCAUCCCCUCCAGCUUGUGGCGGGUGUCCUCGGGUAGAAGAAGAGUUUUCCCCAGCUGCCAAACAGCCACGGCUAGCGGAAGGGGACGUCACGUCGAAGUCUGACGACAUGACAACCGUUGAGCAAGCUGAUGAUGGUUGUGAUCUUUCGCAGCCGAUCCAAGACACAGGUGCACCCAGUGGAACUGCACAAGAGAAGGGGGGACAGGUGGAACCAGAGCAAAAUGGUGAAAGAGAGACACCUGUAACCGUAGGCUCAGGGGAGGAUGUGGUGGAGGACAAGCAAAGUAAUGGCCCCAGUGACAGCCAUCAUGAGGGACACAGCCCAGAGCUUAAUUUUAACCAGACCCCCCAUAUGCUAACUGGAGCCUGGGCUGAGUACACAAGCUUUGCUGAGAACUACCUCAAGGGCUGCAAAUGGGCCCCCGAUGGCUCCUGUAUCCUCUCUAACAGCGCAGACAAUGUGCUUCGACUGUACAACCUCCCACCUGAGUUCUACAGCAAUGAUUGGGACCUGCUUACAGAGAUGAGUCCUGUGCUGAGGAUGCCAGAAGGAGACACCAUUUAUGACUACUGUUGGUUCCCCAAGAUGAGCUCUUUGGAUCCCGAUACGUGUUUCAUCGCUAGCAGCAGUCGUGAUAACCCAGUGCAUCUGUGGGACGCUUUCUAUGGUGACCUCCGUGCAACCUUUAGACCGUAUAACCACCUGGAUGAGCUGACUGCAGCCCACUCCCUCUGCUUUUCACCAGAUGGGUCCCAGCUAUACUGUGGCUUUGAAAAGAUGGUGAGGGUUUUCUACACAGACCGACCAGGCCGGGACUGUGAAGAGAGACCCACCUUGGUCAAGAAGCAAGGCCAGACAGGCAUCAUUUCCUGCCUAGCCUUCAGCCCACGGGACCCUGUGUAUGUCUGCGGCUCCUACAGCCGCUCAGCAGGUCUGUACUCCUGCCAGGAUGGCAGCCUAUUGGCAGUGCUGCCCACCUGCCACCAAGGUGGCAUCACACACCUCCUCUUCUCCCAUGAUGGGCUUCGCCUCUAUACCGGUGGACGUAAGGACCCAGAGAUUCUUUGCUGGGACCUGCGUGAUCUGGGACAGGUUUUGUUCUCCUUACGACGAAAUGUAACCACCAACCAGAGAAUCUACUUCGACUUGGACCCGUCAGGGCAAUACCUGCUGAGUGGAGACACAGGGGGGAUUGUGUCUGUGUGGGACACAUUUGUGACAGCCUGCGAAGGAAGUCAGCAUACUCUGCAACCGCAUCUCCAGUUCCAGGCACAUAAUGACUGCACCAAUGGCAUCAGUGUGCACCCCUACAUGCCACUGCUAGCAUCGUCCAGUGGACAGCGACAGUUCAGCUCGCCAGAGGACAGUGGAAACGACUCGGAGUCUGAAGGUUCUGCCAGAGCGUCACCAGGACCAAGCUGCACCGACAACUCCCUUGUGCUCUGGUGGGCAGGACCACAAAGAUCCCGUGGUGACGAUGCAGGAGAGUUGGAUCCUCAAACGUCGGAGAGCCAGCCAAACUUACAGUGACGAAACCGCUAAUGAGACCCUCCCCAAGCCUCCCAGGAACUCACUUCUCAGCUGCCAACAUGGGAGCACUGGGAAGGUCUACAGAGACUGGAAGAGGAAACCAUUCCUGGCUGUUUGCCCAGUCACAGCUGCAUUAGUCUAUUUUGAAAGGCCCAAAACGAAGUUAUGCUUACAAUUUAUUCAAACUUUUAAUUUUAAAGAUUUUUGCUCUUUGUAUGAAGCAAAUUCUUAUCUGAGAAGAAAAAAAUCUGUUUCAGAAACCAAACAGAGUUAUGGAAUGUGUGUUUUGUAGUUGUGAUCAUUUUUUAUGCAGUGUUUUGACAGCAGAAAUUCCCUGUGCAUGCCCUGGGUGGGUGUUCCCAAGUCAAGUGCCAUUGACUCCUCGGUUGGUUCUUUUAUAAGAGAGAAAUUUUAUUGUUCUCUAUGCCAGUGCUGCAUUAUAUUGGUGAUAAAGGUAUAUUUUUUUUUUUAUGUCCACAAUGAACAGUCUUUUGAAUGUACUUGACGUGUUGCGUGCUCUCAUCAUGGCUCAACGUCACAUCAGCAGAGCUUUUUACUACUUGGGGUGUUUGUGUUCUGGUUUCGUUUUAUAGACAAGAAUUUGAAGUUUAGUCUGUAUUUGGUGCCAGAAAUUGCCUCAUUUUUUAUGCUGAGAUUUAGGGUUAUUUAACAUAACAUCUGUUACAAUGUAAGGCGAGUAUCUUGCUCCUUGCACCUCUUUCUGAAGUUUGUACCAUAUGCUGUGGUUUUUAUUUUGACAGUUUUGGAAAAUCCAGUGUCGCGCAAAGUGAUAUCUGUCCUGGUCCUGUGUCUACAAGUUUCCACUUUUUAAAAGGCUCGGCCACCCAAUGCUUUAAUUAGUUGAUUAAAAAUAGUUUAAUCAAGCGCUCAGUUGCUGAACCGAAUGAAAACAA